AGUUUUAGAUGCGCAUUCUGGUUGCACCUGUCCUGGCUGCCCGUUCUCCAGCUCUCCUCCUUUCUUUGAAACGUUGACGCCCCGACAAGCCGUGUCUUCGUCRCCGUAUCUGCCGGCUUCAUGCCAGCCGGAGGACCUCAGCCUCAGCAUGUGCCCCCCUGACACCACCGUGCCCGGCGGCRGCAGCUCCACGUCCGAGUCGGGCCCGCCCGGUCGACCCCGGAGAGACGACGCGGACGGCGGCGCUCGGAGCCGGACCCAACACUCCGGCGCAGCUCCUCUGAAAGCGCCUCUGACCCACCUGUCUGUGAUCCCCUGCUUGUGCUGCCACCGGAGCCUGCAGAGCUGCCCUCAGCUCCUGAGCGGCCAGCAAGGCCGGGACUUGCCGUUCGCUCACACCCAUCACCACUUCCACCACCACCACUGCCCCUUAACGUCCUGCGUCCCCUGUCCUCAGCUCGCCCGCUCCGCGCAGCUCUCCAGGCCUUUCCCCUGCAUGUGCUCCUUUCCUGCGUGCCCCCAGGCCUGCCAGCACGGCCGGGCGCCGCCGCAGGACGGGACGGGCAGGACCCCGCCGCCGCCGCACCCGUGCAUGCACUGCGCGGCCACCUUCCCCAGGCCGUCACAGCUGCUGCAGCACCAGCGCUCGGAGCACGCCCACAAGCCGCCGGGCUUCCUGUGCACGGAGUGCGGCCGUGCCUUCAACUCGCACAGCAACCUGCGCAUCCACCAGAACGUGCACACGGGCGCCCGGCCCUACUCCUGCGCCGACUGCGGGAAGAGCUUCAGCCAGUCGGGAGCCCUGAAGAUCCACCGGCGGAUUCACACGGGGGAGAGGCCGUACUCCUGCGGCUUCUGCGGCAGGGGGUUCCCCCACCUGGCGGGGGUCCGGGCUCACCAGAGGACCCACACGGGGGAGAAGCCCUACAGCUGCAGCCAGUGCGGGAAGUGCUUCACCCAGUCGGGGGCGCUGAAGGUGCACACCCGCAUCCACACGGGGGAGAGACCCUUCACCUGCGGCAUCUGCGAGAAGGGCUUUUCCAACCGCUCCGGGAUCCGCUUCCACUACCGCACGGUCCACGGCCUGACCCCGGAGCACGACGGGGAGGGAGGAGCGUAUCCAGGACCGUCGGGUCACUCUCCGGGGCGUCCAAGGACCGUAAACGUUAAGCCCGGCACACAGAGCGGCUCGGACUCGCGCGCGGCUCCGGAGCGGAUUUCGGCCGACGGCGAACACGAGGGGAAGUCACAGGGAGGGGCCGCCAGCAGUCACGGAGAGGGGCUUCCCUACGCGUGCGAGGACUGCGGCCUGCGCUUUAAAGACGCCCCGUCCAGGAACAGACACCAGACUGUGGCGCACUACUCGCACGAGGGGAGGCAGGAGGAAGAGGAGGGGCAGAGGGAGGAGUUCAGCACAAGCACGGAGGUUCACAAUCAAAGCCUGUGAGAGGGACUGAAUGUUUAUGUUGGGCAUCAACAGGAUAAACAUCCAGACUGACACAAUACAGGUUCAUGUUUAAAUAGGGUGACCAGAUCCAAACUGCGUGGGACUGUCCUGCAUUUAACCAGUAGUGGGCAGCACUAAUCUAAAAAUUAGUUCCACUAGCCCUAAAACACUAACUCAAAUAUUUAGGUCCCCUAAUUCUA